UUUUCAUUUGUUUGUGGAAGGGUGAAGACUGAGUACACGGAAGAUGUCAAUCCCAAAAUUACACUGUUGCAUCCCCACGAUCGGACUUUCGGUUACAGUGUUAGGGGUGCUUAACUGAUGUUGUUUAAGUUACAGCAAGUAUUUUGUCGUCGGAGCGAUCACGUCGACCCCAAAUUCAUUAUUACUUGCUAUUUAACGCCACAGGUUUUAACACGGCAUUGAUGAAUUCAUUUUACUCUGUGAUUUCGGACUUUUAGACCAUGAAGACCACUCGAAAAUGCAGAGCGUUGCUCUCCGUUGGUUUAAAUCUGGUGGCUCUCUUCUUCUCCACCACGGCAUUUAUUACGACUUACUGGUGCGAGGGCACACAGAGGGUCCCCAAACCAAACUGCAGCAAAGAUCGCUCGCACAACUGCAUAGACUAUGGGGUGAACGAGACGGAUCAGAGCAAAGUGCACUACAGCUGGGAGACCGGGGACGACAGAUUCCUCUUCAGACAUUUCCACACUGGAAUCUGGUACUCGUGCGAGGAAAACAUCAAUGGAGCAGGUGAGAAAUGCAGGAGCUUUAUUGAUCUGGCCCCAGCAUCAGAGAGGGGUGUCCUUUGGCUGUCAGUGGUUUCUGAGGUGCUAUACAUCAUGCUCCUGGUCGUUGGCUUCAGUCUAAUGUGCCUAGAACUCUUUCACUCAAGCAAUGUGAUCGAUGGACUCAAACUGAAUGCCUUCGCCGCUGUCUUCACUGUUCUCUCAGGACUGCUGGGAAUGGUGGCUCACAUGAUGUAUACACAGGUGUUCCAGGUCACUGUGAGUCUUGGACCAGAGGACUGGAGACCUCAUACCUGGGACUAUGGCUGGUCUUUCUGUCUGGCCUGGGGUUCGUUCACAUGCUGCAUGGCUGCUUCUGUCACCACCCUCAACUCCUACACAAAGACUGUCAUCGAGUUCAGGCACAAGCGAAAAAUGUUUGAGCAGGGCCUCCGUGAGGAGCAGACUUUCCUUGACCAGGAAGCCUUCAACUACUUCCGAGACCGAUCUGUGCAGUCCAUCUCCAGCUCUGUGGAGGUGUUCCCAGGCCCUGGAGGUAGUGGUGGCAAAGCACUCAGACCUGCAUCGUCAGUGGACCUGGGGGAGAUCCCUGAGUCUCUGGGAGAAGAACAGUGCUGAGAGGUAGAGGGAAAAAUGUUCUCUCAUCCACAACCUUCCCAUCCCACGGCUACAGUCAAACAAGGGGGAGCAUCUCAAAAGUGUCUCUGUAGUACAUUUGUGCAUCGUACAGCCUGCACCAGGUGGAAGAAAUACAAUGGAGCUUUUUCUGGAAGGGGCAUAAAAUUAUCAUGAAAUAAUUUGGAAUAUUUGUGUGAUAAGAGUGACAGGUAUGAGAUACGUAUAGUAAGGUGUAUUAUAGCUGCUGAUUUUUCAGUUUCAGUUGCUGUUUAACAUUUUUAGAGUAUGGGUGAUAUAUAUUUUUUUU